UCCCCCCCUUACCUCUCCUCUCUCCUGAGCUCAUUGCGAUGCACACGUUCUGCAGUCUAAGUGACCUUCAAAAUACAUUUCAUCUGCUCCUCCUCACACAUACCGGCCCUCUGUGAUGAAACCAGCCCGUUUGCUUGGGUUUUACUUUAUUUAUUUAUUGCGACCCAUCCCCCCCCCCCUCUUUAUUUUAAAAGCACGCAUACUGACAGCCAUGGCAUAUUAAAGAGGACGAAGGAGCGAGUGUCAAAGUGUACGCUUGACUCGCGAGGAGCGCUAACGGUGUCGUGGCGAGAGUGUGAAUUUUGUGUGUUAGUGUGUCGAGGUGAGGGAGGAUGCCGCGUAAUGUGUGCACAAGUGUAAGAAAAAGGGGGAUAAAUGAUGUGCCGCUGUGAGAGAAUGUGUUAAUUUGUGUGUAUAUAUGUGUUAGAGAGGGAGAGAGAGUGGGGGGGAGGUAGAGAGAUACUAAGAGAGAGUCAGGCCUGUGAAUACUGCAGCCUCAGCUGGAUGCAGUGGAUCAGCUGCUCCCUCCAUCCCCAUCUCAUUUCUCCCCUGUCAGAGCCCCCCCUCCUCCCCCCUUGUACUGUCCGCCCCUCCCCCCUCUUCUCUCUGCCUCUCCCUCCCUCCCUCCCUCCCUCUCUCUCUCUCUCUGUGCACCUCUAGCUUCGGUAGCAGUAGUCUUGAGCAUCCUUUGCUGCUGCUGAUGCUGCUAUAAAUAUCUGCCGGUAGCCGUAGAGCAGCAGAGAGCAGCAGGCAGGCCAGAGGGAGGAGCAGAAGACCAGAGGACAGGACGGGGACAGCACAGGACAGGACAGUACAGGGGGAAGGGAUCCAAGGCAGAGUGGAUAACAAGAUGACAGGCGGUCGAGCUCGAAAAAGAAGAAGGGGGGAGAAGAGAGGAGGGGAGCUGCUUAGUUAGCUCUAAGGAAGAGGAAGAGUGUGUGUUUGUGCACCCUGUGGUUUGGUCAUUGGCCUGUGCUGGACUUGGAAGUCAAAUUUAGGCCUAAACUUGGUUUCGGACGAUACCCAAACUGCUACUGGAGCAGCGUUGGGUUGAGCUGAGCAGACUCAACAGUGGAGACUGGAGCUGGACUUUCCUUCCCGGCCUCUUUAAAAACUAAAAAAAAAAAACAGGCUUCGCAUGCGCCUGCCACUCCGAACUGAACCCCACCUGAUCCCCGUCCAGGCUGCCGGUCGAUCAUUUACGCGCGGACAUGAGGGCCGGCACGGGCCGGGGCGGGGCUGAGAUGUCAUGCUCCUGUGUUGCUGGUGGUGCCUGAGGCCGGAGGCGGUGGAGCUGGACAGCAGAAGGGUGGACCACCACCGCGUGCUGAACUGCGAGGCCACUGCCUCCACCGCCAUCACAGCUGUUUCCCUUGACCAGUGGGAGCCAGAAACGACCAACACUGCCUUGCAGCCUUCCCAGAGUGUGAAGAAUUCAAGCUAUAGUUUGCCGUCCUACCACCCCUACAGCAACAGCUAUGACUACUCAGACCAGAGCAGGCAGAGCGAGCGCUCGGGCCUCUGUGGACUCUCCAACCUAGGCAACACCUGCUUCAUGAACUCUGCAGUGCAGUGUUUAAGCAAUAUCCCUCCACUGACGGAGUACUUCCUUAAAGACAAGUACACGGAUGAGCUGAAUGAGGACAACCCACUAGGCAUGAAGGGGGAGAUCGCCAGAGCCUAUGCCGAGCUUAUCAAGCAGCUGUGGUCAGGAAAAUACAGCUACGUCACCCCAAGGCCUUUCAAGACCCAGGUGGGCCGCUUCGCCCCCCAGUUCUCGGGAUACCAACAGCAGGACUCUCACGAGCUGCUGGCCUUUCUCCUGGACGGCCUUCACGAGGACUUAAACCGCAUCAGGAAGAAGCCCUACAUCCAGCUGAAGGAUGCUAACGGCAGGCCUGAUAAGGUGGUGGCGGAGGAGGCGUGGGAGAACCACAUCAAGAGAAACGACUCCAUCAUCGUGGACAUCUUCCACGGCCUUUUCAAGUCCACCCUCGUGUGUCCUGUGUGCUCCAAGGUCUCUGUGACCUUUGAUCCUUUCUGCUACUUGACCCUGCCCCUGCCCAUGAAGAAGGAGCGCACACUGGAGGUCUAUCUGGUCAGACUGGACCCUCUGGCCAAACCCACGCAGUACAAGCUGACCGUGCCAAAGGUGGGCUACAUCUCUGACCUGUGUACCUCCCUCUCCAACCUGUCCGGGGUGCCUGCUGAGAAGAUGAUUGUAACUGACAUCUACAACCACCGCUUCCACCGGAUCUUCGCCACCAACGAGAACCUCAGCAGCAUCAUGGAGAGAGAUGAUAUCUAUGUAUUUGAGCUGGCGGUAAACAGGGUGGAAGAUACAGACCACGUAGUGAUCCCAGUGCACCUGAGGGAGAAGUACAAACAGUCGGGCUACAACCACACCAGCACGCCACUCUUCGGACAGCCCUUCCUCAUCGCCGUCCCUAGAACCCUCAGCGAAGACAAACUCUACAACAUGCUGCUCCUGCGCCUCUGCCGGUUCGUUAGAUCCUCAGUACAGGAGGAUGAAGAGGAUUGUGAAGAAACGCAGCCAUCCAAACAACACACUGUCAAUGGUAACGCCACUAAUGGACUGCUGGAGGAGGGGUCGCCUAGCGAGAUGGAGACCGACGAGCAGGACGACGAGUCCAGUCAGGAUCAGGAGCUGCCCUCCGAGAACGACAACAGCCAGUCGGAGGACUCCGUGGGCGGUGACAACGAGCUGGAGAACGGCGUGGUCGGUCCUCAGAACUCCACCAAAGGCCAACAGACGGCUGGGCACAACAGAAAGAGACUUUUUACAUUCCAGUUCAAUAACAUGGGAAAAACGGACUUCACCCUCAUAAAGGAGGACACCAGGCAGAUCCGCUUCGAUGAGGGACACCUCAGACUCAGCGACCGCUCUUAUCUCUCCUUGGACUGGGAACCAGAAAUCAAGAAGAAGUACUUCGAUGAGACCGUUGUCGAGGACUUUGAUAAGCAUGAGAGCAUGGAGUACAAGCCCCAGAAGAAGGCUUUCUUCAAGCUGAAGGACUGCAUCGAGCUGUUCACCACAAAGGAAAAACUCGGAGCGGAGGACCCCUGGUACUGUCCAAACUGUAAGCAACACCAACAAGCCACUAAGAAGCUGGACCUGUGGUCUCUGCCGCCGGUGCUGGUGGUCCAUCUGAAACGCUUCUCCUACAGUCGUUACAUGAGGGAUAAACUGGACUCCCUUGUUGAUUUCCCACUCAGAGACCUGGACAUGUCCGAGUUCCUGAUCAACCCCAACGCUGGCCCCUGUCUCUACGACCUCAUCGCGGUGUCCAACCACUACGGCGGGAUGGGUGGAGGCCACUAUACCGCUUACGCCAAGAACAAAGACGACGGAAAGUGGUACAACUUUGAUGACAGCAGCGUGUCUCCUGCCAACGAAGAUCAAAUAGUGUCCAAAGCAGGCUAUGUGCUGUUCUACCAGCGCCAGGACACAGUGAAGGGCACCGGUUACUUCGCCCUCGACCGGGAAGAAGAGGAGGAGGACGAGGAGGAGGAGGAGGAGGAGGAAGGAGAGGAGAAGGAGAACGACGGCGAGGCGAGGCAGGAGAGAAAGGCCGCCUCCUCCGCUAAGGGCGCCUCGUCCGCCGCCGCCGCCGCUGCCGCCGCCUCUGCUCAGAGCGACGAGGAGGACCUGAAUGAGAACCGGCGCAGGAAGAACGAUAACGAGCAGGAAGAUGAGGAGGAGGAGGAGGAGGAGGAGGAAGAAGAGGAGGAGGAAGAGGAGGAGGAGCAGGCGCCCAAUCGAGACGUCACCAUGAAAACCAACUGAGGACGAACGAGGACAAGAAUAAAUGGAGAGAGAGACUAGCAUCUUUCCAUCCAAAGCCAUAUGGACACACAGCGUGGCAGCGGGCACCACCAGUCCCACCCAGCGGCUCGGACUCGGCCGCUCGACAGGCGGAGCCACUGCGGGGAUGACGGCUGUUAAGUCGGGGGAGCUGCCGGGGUGCGCAACUCUUAAAGAAAUCAGGGCCCUCCUCUGUGGUUGGAUCACUGUGUGCGUGCGUGUGUGUGAAGUGUGUGAGUGUGUCGCCACGUCCAUUCGUUUAGGAUUUGCUCACCCGCUCUCUGAAAAGACUCACUCAGCGGCAUCUGGGAUCGAUUUUUCAAGGCUUCACAGUACUUUGGUGUCGCGCUCUGAAUCGCCCCCCUUGCUUUUUGUGUUCCUUUUUUGUUUAGUUUUUUUUAUAUAUAUAUUUUUGAGAGCAUUGUUGGAAUAUCAUUUUAUCAUCAUUUAGACCGUGUAAAUAUUUUAAACACUGAAUUAUAUCGGGUUUUCAUGAUGCGCUGAAACAUUUUGAACUUGCACAAUCACCAACCAUCCACUUCUUUUUUUUUUUUUUUUAUGUAUUAUUGCCAGACAUACUGCAACUGUUUAACAACAACUUUCUCAGAGGGUUUUUCUCACAUAAAAAGCUUAGGAAGCUGCCUUUAGUAAGCCAGUGGUGAGACGUGUCUACAGUCAGCGUAGACAAAAGCGACACUCGUAGUUGCGUGGUUUUAUAAAGUGUCGGAACAGCCAAACAAUCCCAGCUUUGUGCUGCUGCUGCUACUGUGAUCAUGCUGUUUUUUGUUUUUUUAGAUUAUUGGUGUAUUGGCAUGAACCUUUAGAGAUUUAAAAG